ACAUGGUGGACUUCUUACGUUGAAAUAGUUUGAUUACUAUGAAGAAUGGUUUAAGAACAGCACAACUAAUUUGUUUAUGUCCAUUUAAAGUGAUUAGAAAAUUUAGACCAAUGUGGCUGAAAAGUGGAAUUCAAAACUCCUUCAAUGCUCUCAAUUCAUUGAGUAGAUCUAGGAAAUUGAUUGUUGGUAUAUUGGUUUUAUUAGCUUUAGUCUAUUAUCUUGGACCUAGUAUAUUUGGAUUAGGACAUGGUCAGAAGAAUUAUGCAGUAUCAGGAUGUAUUGAUGAGAAAGUUCAAGCAUUUUAUACAGCAUCUUUAAACUAUGAUGCUAUUAUAAAUCAUAAUCCUCCUUUACCUGAUGAAACUGUUUAUCCUGCAUAUACCGGUAAUGGUUAUAUAGCAGCAGCAUUUGGAACAGAAAAUGGUUUGUUUGUGCGACUUAACAGAGCAUUAUCAUUACCAGUUCAAUUCUAUCCUGUUGUUGGUAUAAAUGUGGAACAUAAAGAUGUUAAAGAUGCCUUUGUAUUGGAUUUAAAAUCUGGUAUUGCUCAUCGAAUGCAGGCACUAAAACAGUCAUGGCAUUGUGUACAAAUGGAAUCAGAGUUAUAUGCCCAUAGAUCCAGACCAUCAGUCUUAAUACAAGAUAUCCACAUUUCAAAUCCUACUGUAGAUUCAGUGAUAAUAGAGUUUGAUCAAGUUGGAGCAUCAGGAUGGACUGGUGCUGAAACUAAAACUUACAGUGUAAAAGAUUACCAACAGCAGACACUUACAUACAGAGUAACAACUGGUGUUAUAAAGAUACCUAAUACAGAUGCAGUUGUUGGAGCAGUUAUUGCUACUAUAGCUUCACCAACAUCAGUUGUUGUGAAAGCUAACAGUAACUAUAAACAACAUAUAGUAACCAUUGUCAAGUACACAAAACCUCUCAAUAAACAAAUUGUCCAGUCAAGCCUACAAGAUCUCGUUGAAAAAGUCAAGUCGGAUCUGACAGAAGUUAUGAAUAUUAAUGCUAGAAUGUUAAAGAGAGAACAUACUAAAGUUUGGGGAAAAUUAUGGGAAACAGGUUUUAGUAUAAGCAAAUCAAAGGCUAGUGAUGCACACAAUGGAGAUAAGAUUAAUACGACAAUCUAUUAUGUUUUAUGUAAUGUACCCGCACCGUUACACGAUCUUACAACCAGUAAACAACAGAGAGAUGAAAUAUUAAAAGUUCUUUAUUAUCCAGAUAAAUGUUACGGCGAACAUUCUACAUUAAAAGCUGAUACAUUGUGGAUGGAUGUUGUAGAUGAAGAUCAUAUUGCUAGAGUAGUUACAACAUGGAUGAUAACAUUAGAAAAACAUAGUUGUUCUUUCAUGGUACAAGCAGGUGCUGAAGGAGUACUUCAAGCAAUGGUGAUGAGUUUUGGUGCCUUGAAAUUUAAAGAUCAUCAUUUAGAAUUUGCUGUACAUCCUAAAGAAUUACAUCGAGAUAUUUCAUUCCGUCGUAUAAACUAUGGCAAUAACACCCAUGUUAAUAUAUCUGUGAUAGUGGGAGAAGAUAAUAAAGCUAAUUUAUAUGUAGCAUUAGAUAGAAAUGAUAAACCAUAUUAUGGAUGUGAUGCUGGUUGUGUGGAUGCUCCUGUUUCUCUUAGUAAAAAUUGGCAGAGAUUUCCAGUGAAAUUAACAGAUCCAUUAACAUCUAUAUUAUAUAUCACAGCUGAUAAACAACAUAUGACAGAUUUAAAACAUAUAAUACAUGUCACAACUAUAGAAGAAGCUCCUGCUCAUGAACAUCAUGUCAUUGCCUUACACAAACAUGGACAUCAUUUUGGAGGAUUACCAACCUUAUUCUGGGUGUCCAUAGCAUUUCUUAUUUUAAUAUUUCACUUAUUUUUAUUUAAAUUAAUAUAUAAUGAAUAUUGUCAAGGACAGGAAAGGUAUGCAAGAUCUAAAUAUAGUUUAUAGUACCAGUAUUUAUCAUUUUAUUUUACUUAUAUAUUAUAUGUACAUACAAAAGUAGUUUAUUGAGAAUAUUUCCUUGGAAAACUACAUUACACCGUAUAAUCCGUGAGUGGCAUUUAGCAAUUGUGCACAAUUUUGACAAACAGGAAGUGUUAUGCGGAAGGCUACAAAAAAUAAUCUUAGAUUGCCCAUAUCUCAGUUAUGGUUUUUCGAAAUUCGGAAAUUCGCUCGAUUAGUUUUAGCGUCAAAGAUUUGCAAAAGUUUUCUUCAACAUUUUUUCGACAUUCAAGAUGGCGUAUCUCCAUCACUAUUUAAGGUUUCAUGUUGAAACUUGGUAGGAAUAAGGAACACGUCGAUGCCUUCAAAAUGGGAUUCUAAAAAAAUUGUGACGGCUUCCGGAAACUUCUGGAAAUUUUCAGAGCCUUCUGAUUUUUCCCAAACGUGAAUAAUUCUUUCCAUUUUAUAAAUAGACCUAAAAUGACAUAUGGUGGUGUUAGCCCCAGAUAUAUUUGAGAGACCUUGUUCAAAAACAUUUUUAAACAUUUGGCCGCCAUAUUGGAUUUACAAAAAUCCUUUAAAUCGAUAUUCAGCCACCAUUUUCAUUCCAAUUUUCAAAAACUUAUUUUUGUUUUGAACCUAGUCCAGGUGGUAACAAUUCUUAGGGAGCUGAUUUUUGAAUUUCUAUGUUGUUUACUUUUGAUUUCACUUUUAGUUUUUCAACUUUUUACCUACUAUCUGGUGACCUAGUCUUUCAAUGACCCUUGACAUUUGUAUAUAUGAUGACUCUGAUGUCUACUAUCAAUAAACAUCAAAAAGUUGGGCCUUGAAGUAUAACUUCCGGUUUUAGAAGGGUUCAAAACGACAGGUUUUUCCACUUUAAUAGGUAUUGGAUGAUACUAUACUCAGUAAUUCUUGGUGUGACAUGACGUACCAAAACACGUCAAUAUUCCUACGGAAUUCUAGUUUUUAUUUAUUGCUUUGUCUAAAUUAAAGAUUAAUUUAGUUUAAAAUAUAGUAACAGCUGGGUUGAAAAUAUGUUGGAAUUUAAAUAAUCCUGGUUUUACAGCUUUUGAAAAAUAGGAAAUUUUAUAAUUUAGAUAAAAGAACAACCAAACUGAUCAAUAAAAUUAUAAUUAAAUUAUUGUGGUCUGUCACAGAGGUAUUACGAUUACAAUACCUCUGUGAAACAGACUGAGUAUAAUGAGGCAGGUUUUUGAUGAUAUUAACGACGGGGGGGGGGGGGGGGGUGUGAAUGGCUGAAUGGUAAGCAUGUGCGCACUGUAUCAUAAUGUCUGUCAUUGAGUCAACUGACGUGGUUUCGAAUCCCUGGUUGUAUGUGACAAGGAGUAGGGUUUUCUCUGGGUCCUCCGGUUUCCUCCCACUGCUAAAGACCUCAAAGUGCAAGCGAAUUAUUGAAAUAAAAUUGAACCGUGUGUUAGUCCCUAAAUUACCUAGUUUGUGUCAAGUGGACGUUAAACCCCAUUUCUCUCUCUCUCUGAUGAUAUUAAUGAAUAUUCCAAAUGGAGGGUUCUUGUUUCAUUCAUAUUUACUGGUAGUAAAGUUCACUGACUGUUGAACUGUACGGUAAAUUGAUAGUUUUUAGGCACUAAUAAAUGUUCAAAUUUGUCAAAUGCUAAAAAUUGUCAUUUUUUUUUGCAAAAAGUGUCUUGCUAAUCCUAAGUAAACCAAAUUUGUCAACAAAUGACCAUCUGGCAAAAUUACAGUGUGAAAUCUUUGUCUUAAUGUCUGAAAAGAGCCACAUUAUUGUUACAUAGGUAUAAUACAAAUGUUUAUUUAUAUGACAUAUAUCCCUUUCUUUUAUUUAAACUGAAACUAUCUAUAGUAUAACAAUGUUUUGUGCAAUCUAUCUUGUAUUUCAACAACAUUCCACUCUUAUAGCUUCACUUAGACAAUGGAAAAUAUGUUAUUCUGUUUUAAGAUAGGUGUUGAUAAUAAAAUAUUUAUAAUUUUGUGACAAGCAGAUAAUGUGCAUUCUAGAAAUGAAAGAAUCUGUAUUAUCAGUUAAAGUUUUCUCAGAAAACUAUACAACAAUAAGCUAAUCAUUUGAUAAUUCAAAAGUAAAUAUGUUGCUUUUAGCAUGUUUUAUGUCAAUGUAUUAUCAUUAUCCUGUGAUACACAACUUUUCUUUGUCUUGUCAACUCAAGCCGAUAUACAGAUUAUUAAUUAGAUAUUAAUUAACUAAUUAAUAAUCAAGACCAUAAUCAACACUCCAUGCCAUCAGAUACUCUAGAUUUUCAACAGAUUUAAAUAUGAUUUGCAGUUUAUGAUUUAACGUGAAAAUGGAUAAUCAAGACUUUGUUUAUUAUUGUAAAAACGGUAGCAAUGACAAUCGAGGCUACACUGUAAUUGUAUCGGCAAUGACUGCGCUCAAGAGUGAAGUAAGUUGACUGAAAUUUUCAACAUAUUCCAUUUUCAUUAUCUAUUUUUUAACUAUUAUAGCAAGAACUGUCAGCUCUUUAUAUCUAAUCUUACAUAAUGCCCCUUUAACAAAUCAGGCAUAUAAUUGGUAUGGACUAGCCUAAUUUGAUUUGAGAGAAGUUUUGUAUCUUGCAUAUUGAUAUUUUAUGAACAAAUAAACAUUUUACUGUUAUAGAGGUUUCAGUUGGGUGAGUGAUCAUAAAGAAACUGGUUUUAAAGGUUUCAUAUUUGUACUUCAUACAAAUGUGAAGUUGAAGAAUUUGAUUUUUCAAGUAUUCAGUAUUGUGACAAUACAAUACAAAUGGGCUCUCAGUGGGUGUAUAAUGUGUUUAUAUUCAACCUUUUAUAGUAAAAUAUUUACUGACUAUAUAUAUAAUCUCACAUGAUUCAAUAUUGUGUUUAAUAUAUAAAAUGUUUUUGAUGGUUACAGCUGUAAAAUGUCCGAGGCGGGGGCAAUAAUAAAAUUGAUUUUAUACUUUAACUGUUGAUUGUUAAAUGAAAAAAUAAAAAUAAAUUGGUUCUAUCUAAUCAAUAAUGUCCUUUUGUAUCUAAAUCAUACAAAUACAGAUAUUCGAUACUUCUUAUAAGUUCAAAAAUAGUUAAUAGACAUAGUUUGGACAUAUAGUAUUAAAACAUACAUAUUUCUAUUUAAAGAUUGUAUAUGUAGUCAAGAAGAAAAUGUGUGUCUUUGUCAUGUAGAAUUGUUAAAUAAUUUACAUGUAAAUAUUGAAAUUGUAUAUAGUUUUAGUAAAAUGUAUAGAUGGGUUUAUAAAACACAAUAAUAUGUAUAUACUUGGGUUUAUGAAACAAACACAACAAUUGUUCUUAAUGAUUUAAUUUUGUUAUAUCUUGUGGGCUUUAAAUUUAUCAUUGAAAACUAUUUCAUUGCCAUUUACUAAUUUAUGUUAGUGAAAUUUGUAAAUGUAAUAUUUAUUCUAUAUGUAAACAGUAGAGCACGCAAAAGAUAAUAUAUUGUAGAAGAAUCACAGGAAUUUAGAUUCCAAUUAGAAAGACAUAACCGCAAUAUUUUCAGAUUUGUAAUUAUCUACCAAAAAAACCAAACCCAAACCAACAUUUGUUGUUAAAAAAGCGUCACAAGAUGAUAACAGGUUAUUUCAUUUGGCUAAAUCUGUUUUAUUCUGUAACACUUCAAAUGACAAUCUGUGAAAAUUUGAGACAUUUGAAUUAAUUAGUAGUAAAGAUAUCUCCAUCUGAAAAUAUGAUAAAUAUAAUAAACAUCAUUUGAUCUGUAAGCAUUCAAAAAUUACUAAAUAAAUUGGCCACCCCAAACAAGUUUUUUUUCCUAAGGAAAUACACAGUCAAUUACUGAUAUAAAAAAAUAAAAUUAUGGCCUGGGAUUGUGAUCUUAUAAAUGAACAUUAAAUUGCCUAAUACAGGAUUUUUCUUUAUAAUAUUUAACAAAUGUUUAUGUACUUGAUUGUCUGGGAGAUGUGUAUACGCCAUGGUCCUAUAAGAGCAUAUCAUGUUAAAUAUUCAAAUACAUUUAUAAUUGUAUUCAAUACAGAAUGACAGAUUUGGAUGAGUGAGUGAAUAAAUGAUUGCCAUUAAACAAAUGUUAUUUUAUUGCUGGAUUAUAUAGUGGUCAGCUAUUAUCAUUUAAUUAGUAUUUCUUUGUAAUGGUAAAUACUGAUAUUAGAUUUUAUGAGCAUUUUAAUGGAAUGUAGAGUAGUCGUAUUAUAUUUAUACAUUGAUCAGAAAAUAAUUAUUACUUACAUCAUGCUCCCCGCAAGAUGUAUAAAUAUUGUUAUUCAGUUGAAGUACUUGUGACAUAUUUUAAAUGUAUUGAUUAAACAUACAUUAUGCAAGAGCUAAAUCUGACUAUUGCAGGUCUUUCUUUAGGCCUGAAAUGUUUUCUAAAUUAUUAAUUAGACAUUAAGUAACUUAUCCAGGCCAUAAUCAACUCUCGAUGGUAUCUCCGAUAUUAAAUAGAUUAGAACAGUUCAGCUAAAAAAUGAAGGAGCGAGACUUAGCUUCGAACAACCAGUACGGUGGUUGAAAUUAUUGCACACGUCUUGUCAAACCCGCAAAGGCUAAUAUCUUCGCUCGCAAUAGAGUAAUUUGAAUGAAAUUUUCAAAUUAUUCAUUUUACAUUAUCUUUUUUCGAACUAUUAUAGCAAGAAUGGCUAACUCUUUAACUAAAUCUUACAUAAUGUAUCUUUAAUCAACUGAAACUCUAAUUGUUUAAAUAGUCAGGUGUGUUUUCUAAAUAACAUUGGCUUUAAGUUAAUCAAUUUUAUUUGAGCAUAUAUGUUUUUUUGAAAAAAUUUAAAUUUCAUCACCUGUCAGGUAUUUUAUGUUAUAAAAUAACAUAUUAUUAGUUUGUUAUUGAUUUCAUUCAAAUGGACAAAUUCUUUGGAUGUUUGUUUUAUUGUUGAUUAUAUUAUUAUUAUUAUUAUUAAUUGUUUGUUUUCAGUUAAAUUAAUUGUUAGCAAUUUUCAUAUCAUAACCAGGCUUAUUUCUUCAUUGAUUAACACGGAUUGCUAAAGAUCUGAUUUUUGUCUUGUCCUUGUACGAAUAAAUAACAGAAUAAAUAAUGGGGAGAGAGGGGGGUAUCCUAAUUAUAAGGUCAUUGAGGAGGUGUGGUAGAGAGGUGAGUGGCUGCAAAUAACUGUAAAUCUCCUGUACCAUUUCAUAGGUUUUGUAAACUAGCUCUGUCACAUUGUCACUUAGUAUGAGAGCCAUAAGGGCUGACAUGGAAAGUGUGUUUGGAUUGGAUGAAAAACUGAUUAUGUAUAAAAAUGAUAUGGGAUCUUUGGCUAGUUGUUAUUUAAUAGAAUUGUAACUUUCACUGUGAAUCUACCCCACCUUCCUCUAUGAUACAAUAGAUAAAAAGUAAAAUCCAUGCUCGUUUCCUGUACUUAUAGUGGAAUAUGUUAGGGUGUUUGUGAUUAUGGACAUUAUGGUUAAAUGUAUAUCGUUUGUAAAUAUUUCAUGACAUAACUCAAUCAUUUUCAUGCAAAAUUAAUAUAAAAGAUAAAAAAAUA